AUGCUCUGCCCCCCCCGCCUCCCUCUUUUUUUUUUUUUGCAGUGUUUUUUGUUUGUCUUUGACUUUCUCUUCUUAUUUUUACUUGAUACUUUUUGCUUCUGGGGCUGCUGGAGAUGUUUGGAGAAGAAGGAGAGAGGUGGGGGGAAUAGUUUUAUUUUUGCAAUCUUGUUCGAGGUGGCUUCCGCAGUUGAAGUUGAGUCAUUCAUGACAUCUAAAAUCUCCACAUGGGCCGUCCGGCUUGGCGGCGUUGGCUUCGUUGGCGGUGUUGGCGCCGCGGUCAAUUACAAGUACAAGUAUGAAUACAUAACAACCGAUGCGGCAGCAACAAAGCAUGCCGUCUCCAUAUUCUCCAAAGACGCCCGCCGGGAGUUUUACGACGUUGCGGUGGUGGGUGGUGGUAUAGUUGGUCUGGCGGUUGUGCGGGAAAUAAGAAAGCAGUUUCCCAACAAAAGAGUUAUUUUGCUUGAAAAGGAGGCGGAUGUUGCCCAGCAUCAGUCGAGCCACAACAGUGGUGUUGUUCAUGCAGGGAUGUAUUAUCCUUCAAACUCGCUUAUGGCUCGUUUAUGUCCAAGAGGACAUGAUCUCAUGAUGGAAUAUUGCAAACGGAAUAAUCUUCCUUACGAUCGUGUGGGCAAAAUUAUUGUUGCCGCCAAUGAGUUGGAGAUUCCAGCGGUGCAAAGGUUAUACAAACAGGGCAUUGAAAAUGGCGUGCGCGAUUUAAAAAUUCUUGCGAACGAGGAGGAAAUUAAAAAAGUGGAACCCAACGUAUGCGGUGUAUACGCCCUAUAUUCCCCGGAUACGGGCAUCGCAGACUUCAGUGCUGUGGCACGCCAUAUGUUAAAGGAGCUAUAUGAGGGCUCAAAAGGACUCUUUAAUGCGCAGUUUCGAUUUGAAGCCAUGGACUUUGUUGGAUUGUCAUUUGAAGAAGAAGAAAAGAAAGCGCCAUCAGAGAUGGUGCUAAUUCGUGGACGUGAAGAGGGGCAGUUGGGUCCUGAGAAAACAAUUGCGGCUAAAAAUGUCAUUACUUGUACUGGUCUUUCAAACGAUAUUACUGCGAAGCGAUCUGGGCCAAUACUAAGCAGAAUUGGAAAGAAAGUGACUCAAACCUUCAGUUUCCGUGGACGUUAUUACCAGUUAAAGCCAGAGGCACGCGACCUCGUCAAAAUGAACGUCUAUCCCGCUCCGGAUGAAACGAGGGGACUCAGCGUCGGCGUUCACUUCACACCAACGGUGGAUGAACGACGUGGGCGGCAGGUUAUUGUGGGUCCCGGGUCUGCUGUGGCAACACAUCGCUAUGGGUAUUCGCCGUAUUGGUUUGAUGCCGAGUACUGCUGGCAUUCGGUUACGAGCCGAGGCGGUUGGGUAAAUUUUGUAAAGCAUUUUGACACUGUAAUUCGGACUUUUUGCGUCGACGCCAGUCGCACGGUUUUCCUCCAUGAGGCUCGUAAGCUAGUACCUUCACUUAAAGACUCGGACGUGGAGGAGAGUUUCUGUGGUGUGAUGGGUUUGGCAAUUGCAGAAAAUGGGGCUCUGGAGUCGGAUCUUUGCAUUGAGUUAUCUCGGCCUCGCACUGUCCUCUCCGCAACCUUGAAACCAAAAAAAGUCAUUGAGGUGGUGGAGAAUGCGAACACAGACGGAUCAUCUACAAAGGGUCAAAAUAACCCACUUAUUCUCAAUUUACGUAAUGCACCUAGCCCUUCCGCUACAGCAUGUAUGUCCAUUGCGGAAAGUAUUGUUGCGGUUGUCAAAGAAAGCUUCAAUUGGUGA